UGUGGUACUGGAUAUACAUGGCUAAGCACUGCAUGGUAUUGAUUUAUUGUGGUUGGCCGUGGCGUCUGUGCGUGUGCGUGCGCAACUGCGCUAGAACAUACAUUUCCCUAUCCCUAAGACGACGACAUAUCAAAAAGGGAAAAAAACCUGGGGACGAGGGUGGCGUGUGCCAUUCCUAGAAAAACCGAACAGAACCGAUAUUCGGACUUUUAAAGGGCUUGAUUUCGGAUUGUAAACGGACGAUUGCGUAACCAUAGGUUGUCGAAGACGGAAGAAACGUGACCUUUGGUUUGGACACAAAAAAAUUAUGUAGCCAGCUACCUGUAGAAAAAAGAUGGAAAGCAAAGAUAUAAAGUCAGAAUCGUCUGACACAGACAAAACAAGUGGAUCUUUAUUCAAAGUGACGAAAGGGUGUGUGAAGAAACGUAGAGAAGAAUUGCCAGUUUCAUACCCUAAAAACUAUAUGAUUGUUGAUGAAUUCUGCUCAAGUGUAACAUCAUUAACUUCAUCAAGCUCUGAUUUCUUUAACAUGCAGUUGCAUUCACGAUUUCAUCAUCUUUCCAAGCAUCCAAAACGAUUUAAAGAAAAAUCGUCAACUGAUAAAUUGUUAGAUGAAACAGCAACAUUAGUAUACCCGCAAAGAAAUACCCUUGAUGAGGAAAUCAUAGCUGAAUUAGAUCGACAGUAUGAUCAUAAUAUUUGCUUAGAUCGUUUUAUAAGCGAAAUGGAGCAACAUCAGACACAUGAACCCCCACAACAAGCAGGGUUACUUGCAACCAGGACUGAAUCUGUCUCAUUAUCUGGUAAAGCGGACAGUUGUAGUAACUGUAGCAACAGCUCCAGUCAAUGUCCUACUUGCACAAGUGGUUCUUCUUCUGUGCUGCCUCGCUCAAAUGAAACAGAUAGCGUGAGUCAUAACAGUGAAAGUAUAAAAUCAGCCUCACCAGAAUGUGAAAAUCCUUUAAAAAUUAUGGAAUCUUUUCAAAAUGUUGUUUGUGAUCCAGAAGAAACUCCCGUAUCUACUUCAGAGACCAAAAGAUCCUCCAGUGAACCUGAGAGUGGCAUUGAUGUAAAUUCUGGAUUAAGAACUUCUUCUAGCAGCACUUCCCAAAACUAUAAAGGUGGUAAACCCGGGCGAAAAAGAAAAAGAGGUUAUAUAUAUGAUCCAAAACCAGUUAAAGUCAAGUCUAAAACAGUUAUUCCUGAAUCCCAGAAGGACGAUACGUAUUGGGAAAAACGUAAACGGAAUAACGAGGCUGCGAGGAGAUCAAGAGAAAUGCGUCGAAGGAUGGAAGCAGAAGUGAGCAACAAAAUGAGUAUUUUAAAAAAAGAAAACGAGGCAUUGCGCGUAACUAUAGCGUUAUUAAUAAAACGUAAUGAAACUCUGGAAUAUAUUCUUGAUGAUUAUGCAAAUGUUGAAAAAGAAAUUAUGUAUACAAUCAACGAAUCUCCAGCUAGUUGAUAACAACGGGUUUCGUAUCAUUAUGAUUUAUUAUCAUCAUUAUUAUUACGGGGAAUGGGAGGAAUAACUUUCACGGUGUACAAUUAGAAAUAAACGUACUACAAAAUGCUUAAUUUAUUAUUGUACAUCGUACAUAUGGACCCACUUUUAUGAACCAUAGGAUAACGUUUGAUUAUUCGAGCAACAGAAUAGCUAGAUUUGAAAGAGAAGUAUUUGUAUUAAAACACUGUUUAAUUCUUGUAAUAGGUUUGUUGUCGUAACUAAAAACAUGCCAGCUUAAAAAUAAGUCUUUAUAAAAAUAUGAUCGUUGUGUAAAUAUUUUGUCGAGGUCUAUAUUAAGAUUUUAAAUCUCUUUCAUUUUUUGAUCUACGGUUGUAAAUAUCGCGUUUACUUACGUAGAAUUGUGUAUAAAUUUUUAUUUUAAAAAAAACAUUGAGUAUAUUUAUUAUUUUGUAUCUAAUAUGUACACAUUUUUUUAUAAGCAACUGAGUUGCUAAGAUCUCAGCCUUAAACUUGGACCAAAAUUACACAACGUCUUAGGUUGACAGGAAAGAUGUACUGAGCAACGUAUUGAGAAACAAACAGAAUAGACAAACAAACGAUAUUUAUGACAAAACAAUGCACUCACUAUGGUCCUCAGCAUAAUAAACAAACAAAAGGGAGCGAGAUAUUGAACGAUCGAAAAAGAAAAACGUCUUGAAGUUUUGUCUCAGAAAUUUGUAUGCAUAGCAACAUUCCUGAAAUUCCCUUGUUGAUUUCUUCUUUGAGGCUUAAAAUUAAUUUUUCCUUAGCAACUCCAAGCGGAAAUAAAAAUUGGUGUUGCUUAUAAAAAAAUGUGUAGUCUUUUGUUAUUUUUAUUAUAUUGUAUAUAGCAGACUGUAUAUGUUCUUGCAUGAUUCUAUUUUUCAGAAAAAAAAGAUUAGCAACACAGAAAAUGAAGUCAUAAAUUUCUUUAAGUGAAAAUAACCUUGAAAGUAUUUCGAAAAAAAAAUUUUACCGUGUAACGGCAACUUAAGAAAAUUAAAUUAUCUUGAGAUAUGUUAUUUUAAAGAUAUGAGAAAGGUAGCUUCGUAAUAUUGGGUUUUUGAUUUAGAUCCGUAAAGUUAAUUUGUCCGAAAUUUUGUCUAGGAUUUUUCCGAAAUCUUUGAGAUUGUGUCCGAAAAUUUUGUUUUGUCAAAAUCACCUGCUUCUAUUUUAUACAAAAAUAUUUAAUGUGACCAAAAAAAAUGCAAAAGACAUGCGGCAACGUGCCGCAAGGAACGAUUGGAUUCGAUCCAAACUUGCCGCAGCGUCAUGCUGCAAACAGUAAGUUGUUAUACCUCAUUUAGCGGCUACUGUAUAUGGUGAUAACGCGCUGGGACACGUAAAUUUCUUUUCAGUGUGAAUUUAGCAAAUCAACAAUUAAGAAUUCUUAAAUUAUGUUUUAAGCA